GUACACCAUGUACCUCUGAACUGUAGUGGAGUAGAAGUACACAGUAAAGUCAAAUGUAAAUACUCAAGUUAAGUACACGUAUCUCAAAUUGAACGUGUGUGCGUGUAUGAGUGUGUGUGCGUGUGUGUGUGUGUGUGUGUGUGUGUGUGUGUGUGUGUGUGUGUGUGUGUGUGUGUGUGUGUGUGUGUGUCUGCUGUAAUCUCCUGUGUAAUAAUGAUGAUUAAUCUGUGUGUGUUUACCUGCUGACCGACAGAAAGGAGGAUUAAUCUAUCUAUAGAUCUCCUCACGUCAACCUUCAGCCGCAAGUCUUCAUCUUCCAGUCUGUACACACAGAAAAAUAUAACAGUAUACAAAAUAAAUCCAGAACGAGUUCUCCUGCGGCUGCGUUUUAGUUGAAUAUAUAUAAUCUUUGGCAAACAGGUGAAUAUUUGACUUUAACGCCAGAGCAAUAAUCCAUUCUGCCUCCAUUUAUAAGUCUUUUUUAAACAUAGCGUUGAUUGAUAUGAGUUUUUUUUAGAGAAUAACAGGUUAAAGUAAAAACGUGUUUUUCCAACAUGGUCCCAUGAUGUUAGAAGACACAAAAAAGCCCAUGAAAUCCAAAAAUAUACAAAAAACACCCACAGCGAAAAACAAAGACAACAAAAAUGUACAUAUUUGUUAUGUAUACAUGUUUACAUUGAAUUAUUUAUUUUUCAGAUCUUUUUCAAAUGUAUUGAAAAUAAGCCUUUGGUUAAAUGGGGUUAAUGACACCUGUAGGUAAAGGCGUGGUAUGUCCAUAAAGUAUAGCCAGGAGAUGGCCUGAUGUACCUUUAUCUGUAGAUAUUUAGUUAAAUUCAUUUUCUGUGUUGUCAAUGUUUGCAGAAUAGUUUUAUGUUUUCUAAAUAGUUUUAAUUUAGUUGAGUGUUUCCCAUCUCUGUCUCUCUAAUCUGGCUCUGUGCUGACUGAGAAGAAAACAGGCUUUCAUGUGUGUCUGUGAUUUGAGGAGGCGGGACUAAACUCACACCCAGGCCUCCUGAUUGGCUGAAGGUGGGUGAUGACAGUUGGUGCUUACAUAUAGACCCUCACUGAUCCAGCAACACUCAGCUUCCUCUGCUACAACUCAGGCAUCGCUCACCCUCUGUCCUCGAUCAGCGCCAACAUGAGCCCAAAAAAUGUGGUUUUCAAGAAGAUUUGCAAUGACAAGUCGGUCGGAGUCUACAUGGGGAGAAGAGACUUUGUGGACCAUGUGGAUUCUGUGGAUCCAGUGGAUGGCGUUAUCCUCAUAGAUCCUCAGGCUCUGCAGGGGAGGAAAGUGUUCGUCACCCUGUCCUGCACCUUUCGAUACGGCCGGGAUGAUGUGUCGGUUAUGGGGGUGGCUAUCCGGCGGGAGCUGCACGUGUCCAGCCGGCAGGUUUACCCCCCGCUGCAGGACCGCGAGAGCUGCAUCCACAGCCGCAUGCAGGCCAAGCUGCUGCAGAAGCUGGGAGACAACGCAUACCCCUUCUUCUUUGAGUUCCCGGACAACCUGCCUUGCUCGGUGAUGCUGCAGCCGGGGCCGAACGAUUCAGGAAAGCAAUGUUGCGUGGAGUUUGAGAUCAAAGCCUUCAGCGCUGAGAGCCAGGACGCUAAAGUGCGCAAACGGAGCACGGUGGCGCUGAUGAUCCGGAAGGUGCAGUACGCUCCGGACAGCGAGGCGGCGGCGCAAUCUGUGGAAAUCAGCAAGGAGUUCGCCAUGUCGGACAAACCGCUGCACGUCAAGGCCAGCCUGGACAAAGAGAUGUAUUACCACGGUGAGACUGUCAAGGUGAACCUCAGCAUCACAAACAACACGAACAAACACAUCAAGAGCAUCGUCGUCUCCGUGGAUCAGAUCUCCACCGUGGUGUUGUACUCCAACGACAUUUGGGUCAAAUCUGUGGCCAUCGAGGAGCCUGGGGACUCGGUGCCUCCCGGAGAGAGUCUGCAGAAAGACUUCAAGCUGCUGCCUCUUCUGGCCAACAACCGCGAGAGGAGAGGCAUCGCUCUGGACGGGAAGCUGAAGCACGAGGACACCAACCUGGCCUCGUCCAGCAUUAUCAAGGAGGGAGUUCUGAAGGAGGUGAUGGGGAUCAUUGUGUCAUACCGAGUCAUGGUGAAGCUCGUCAUCGGAGGGAUGAUGGGAUCGAGUGAGGUCGCUCUGGAAGUUCCCUUCAAACUGAUGCAUCCUAAACCUGACCCAGUGAAGGAGAGUGAGAUGGAGGAGGAGGUGGAGUUCCAGGAGUUUAAGCGCAGCUACCUGAAGGGGAUUAUUGUCGAUGACGACGAUGAAGAUGGAAACGUGUCGGCCGGUGACGACACUGCGCCCAUAGAGAAAUAAAGGAGACGGAACG